AAUUUGCCGCUUCUGUUACCCUCCUCCAAUGCCGGAGGUGGUUCUGGCGCGCGAUCCCUAGCUCUGACGACAUAUCGCGGUAUACGUAAUAAAAAAGCGUGGGCGAAGUCGUCUGUUAAAACGCCAUCGUCUUGAGUGUCUUCAGUUUUUGGAAGAAGCUGUCUGCUGAAGAGUCGGUCGUGUUUCUCACACCACCAGGCGAGAUGAAGGCGAUGUUUGCGGUUUGCUGUCUGUUGUUCGUCUGCUCGGAGUUCCACGCGGCGCGGGCCUUCACGCCCUUCAGCUACUUCUCCCGCCUCGCCAACCGCCCCAGCAGAGGCUACCGGGGCGAGGACGAAGGGCCGGCGGGCGGGGACGACGUGGGCGCCGGGGAGGUGAAGAGGGGCGCCCGGUUCCCGUGGGAGUGGAGCGGCCCCAUGAGCCGGCCAGCGUGGAGCGGAGGCAAGACCAAGUCGGCGUUCGAGUACCUCGGGCCGCGUCUGAGGAAAUCCGACGAGAACGACAUGCCGGCCUUCCCCUGUCACAACUCGGAGUGGCUGAUCUACGUGGACGGGGAGUCACAAUGCGUCCCUCCACUGUACGACACUGCUUACGAUGAUGAGUACUGCAUCAAGGUGGACAUGGGCCCCCUAGCGGGCCGCGUGGUGUGUGCAUGUGAGCGGGGCUCGACUACGGUGGCCAUGAAGGACGGCAUGGACACCUGCGUGGAGAUAGAUAUUGUCCGGCAGGUUGGGUACUGCGGACUGAACCCCUGUCCCGGCGGCUACACCUGCGAAGAGCUGCCGGUGUCGGGCAGGUUCAACUGCCUGAAGAAGACCCCCAAAGGGGAGAUCGUCGUGCCCAACUGGUACGCUCCCGUGUGAUGUAAGAAACAAGUUUCCCAGCAGUCUGUGCGCAUCCACGCAGGGGGUCUCCAACAGCGAUGCCAAUUUCCAUGGUUACCCACGGACCACCUGAGUGAUGACGUCAGCUGGUCACUUCCGUGGAUAUAUUAUGAUUGUACAAACUGAUACACAAGAUAUAUUCCCACUGUAUGAUUGUGUAAUCUACUUCGUCUUAUAGAAAGUAACGCUAUAUAAAACGUAAGCACCCGAUUUCGUCGCCUCCGUUGCGAUUUAAGUAAGAUUUUGGUUCGUCAUAAUGGUCUUUCCCAUGUCUGUAAAAUUUCACCAAUGUCACCUAAAUACCUUUCAAAAUGAUUAUUAUAUAACACGUUAUAAUGAUCGCGGAAAAUAAUUAAGAACAGGCUAUAACAAACAUCAUGUACAUGUCCCGUUUGACUACGGCCCGCGGCAGUUGUCGGCAGCUGCGCAAGAAAUAAAGAUAACUCGUUAGC